CACGGUCGCCGCGGUGUCAGAGGCAGUGAAUCCGAGCUGCCAGCGCGUGCUGCUGCCGGGCUACAGGAUGGUGCGGGCAGCCAGGCCGCUGCUGCUGCUCCUCGCCUUCUUCCUCCGCGCGGAUGCUGAGACACCUCCGAGGUUUACACGGACUCCUGUUGACCAGACAGGGGUCUCUGGUGGCGUUGCCUCUUUCAUUUGCCAAGCUUCAGGAGACCCAAGACCUAAAAUUGUCUGGAACAAAAAAGGAAAGAAAGUCAGCAAUCAGAGAUUUGAGGUAAUAGAGUUUGACGAUGGAUCUGGAUCAGUUCUCAGAAUACAGCCCUUAAGGACUCCCCGGGAUGAGGCCAUUUAUGAAUGUGUGGCCUCGAAUAACGUCGGAGAAAUAAGUGUAUCUACCAGACUCACAGUUUUGCGUGAGGAUCAAAUUCCCAGGGGCUUUCCUACCAUUGACAUGGGCCCACAGUUGAAGGUGGUUGAGCGUACACGCACUGCCACCAUGCUUUGUGCAGCCAGUGGGAAUCCGGACCCGGAAAUCACUUGGUUUAAAGAUUUCUUACCUGUGGACACAAGCAACAACAAUGGCCGUAUUAAGCAGUUACGAUCAGGCGCCCUUCAGAUCGAACAGAGUGAAGAAUCUGACCAAGGGAAAUAUGAGUGUGUUGCCACCAACAGCGCGGGCACUCGCUACUCUGCCCCUGCCAAUCUAUAUGUCAGAGUUCGUCGUGUCCCACCAAGAUUCUCUAUCCCACCCACUAAUCAUGAAAUCAUGCCAGGUGGAAGUGUUAACAUCACCUGUGUGGCCGUGGGGUCACCAAUGCCUUAUGUGAAGUGGAUGUUGGGGGCAGAAGACCUGACACCGGAAGAUGACAUGCCAAUAGGAAGAAAUGUCCUAGAAUUGAAUGAUGUAAGACAGUCAGCAAAUUACACCUGUGUGGCCAUGUCAACACUGGGCGUCAUUGAAGCAAUAGCACAGAUCACUGUCAAAGCCUUACCCAAACCUCCAGGAACUCCUGUAGUGACCGAGAGCACAGCCACAAGCAUCACACUGACGUGGGACUCUGGGAACCCCGAGCCUGUCUCCUACUACAUCAUCCAGCAUAAACCUAAAAAUUCUGAGGAACCUUACAAAGAAAUCGAUGGAGUAGCGACCACACGCUACAGUGUCGCUGGACUCAGUCCCUACUCGGAUUAUGAAUUCAGGGUGGUUGCUGUCAAUAACAUCGGGCGGGGGCCUCCCAGCGAGCCCGUGCUGACGCAGACCUCAGAGCAAGCGCCAUCCAGCGCCCCGCGGGAUGUGCAAGCGCGGAUGCUGAGCUCAACCACCAUCCUGGUACAGUGGAAGGAACCCGAGGAGCCGAACGGACAGAUCCAAGGAUACAGAGUGUAUUAUACCAUGGAUCCCACUCAGCACGUCAACAACUGGAUGAAGCACAAUGUCGCUGACAGCCAAAUCACUACCAUUGGCAACUUAGUGCCCCAGAAAACCUAUUCUGUCAAAGUCCUGGCUUUUACCUCAAUUGGAGAUGGUCCUCUUUCAAGUGACAUACAAGUCAUCACUCAGACAGGAGUACCAGGGCAACCGCUAAAUUUCAAAGCAGAACCCGAGUCUGAAACGAGUAUUUUGCUCUCUUGGACACCUCCACGUUCGGACACUAUCGCCAACUAUGAGCUGGUCUACAAAGACGGGGAGCCUGGAGAGGAGCAACGAAUUACCAUUGAGCCAGGGACGUCUUAUAGACUGCAAGGGCUGAAACCAAACAGCUUGUACUACUUCCGUCUGGCUGCACGCUCUCCUCAAGGCUUGGGUGCUUCCACAGCUGAAAUAUCAGCUAGAACCAUGCAGUCAAAGCCGUCAGCUCCUCCUCAAGACAUUAGUUGUACCAGCCCAAGUUCCACUAGUAUUUUGGUAAGUUGGCAACCUCCACCAGUGGAAAAGCAGAAUGGCAUUAUUACUGAAUACUCCAUCAAGUACACCGCAGUGGAUGGAGAAGAUGACAAAGCUCACGAGAUUUUGGGAAUUCCUGCGGACACUACCAAAUACCUUUUGGAACAGCUGGAAAAAUGGACUGAGUACCGGAUCACUGUGACAGCCCACACAGACGUCGGCCCUGGCCCCGAGAGCUUGUCCGUGUUGAUUCGAACCGAUGAAGAUGUUCCUAGUGGUCCUCCUCGCAAAGUCGAGGUAGAGGCUGUCAACUCAACAUCUGUUAAAGUCACAUGGCGCUCGCCCGUGCCCAACAAACAGCAUGGCCAGAUCAGAGGAUACCAGGUGCAUUAUGUGAAGAUGGAAAAUGGGGAGCCCAAGGGCCAGCCCAUGCUGAAGGAUGUCAUGCUGGCUGAUGCACAGUGGGAAUUUGAUGAUACUACUGAACAUGACAUGAUUAUUUCUGGGCUGCAGCCUGAAACUUCCUACUCCCUCACCGUCACAGCCUACACCACCAAAGGAGACGGUGCUCGCAGCAAGCCCAAGCUGGUGUCCACCACAGGAGCAGUCCCAGGGAAACCCCGGCUGCUGAUUAGCCACACUCAGAUGAAUACUGCUCUCAUUCAGUGGCACCCCCCGGUGGACACGUUUGGACCUCUUCAGGGCUACCGUCUAAAAUUUGGCCGGAAGGACAUGGAGCCGCUCACCACCCUUGAGUUCUCUGAAAAAGAAGAUCACUUCACAGCGACAGACAUCCACAAAGGAGCCUCGUACACCUUCAGGCUCUCCGCCAGGAACAAAGUGGGCUUUGGGGAGGAGAUGGUGAAGGAGAUUUCUGUCCCAGAAGACGUCCCAACUGGAUUCCCUCAAAACCUCCACUCGGAAGGCACCACGUCCACCUCCGUCCAGUUAUCUUGGCAGCCACCUGUCCUGGCAGAGAGAAAUGGCCUUAUCACCAAGUAUACCCUUCUGUACAGGGAUAUCAACAUCCCUCUCCUUCCCAUGGAGCAGCUUAUUGUUCCCGCUGACACCACUCUGACACUCAGUGGCUUAAAACCAGAUACCACAUAUGAUGUAAAAGUGCGUGCUCACACGAGCAAAGGGCCCGGGCCAUAUAGUCCCAGUGUCCAGUUCAGGACACUGCCUGUGGAUCAAGUGUUUGCAAAAAAUUUUCAUGUCAAAGCAGUAAUGAAGACCUCCGUGCUGCUGUCUUGGGAGAUUCCGGAGAAUUAUAAUUCUGCCAUGCCUUUCAAGAUUCUUUAUGAUGAUGGGAAAAUGGUAGAAGAAGUGGAUGGUCGAGCUACACAGAAGUUAAUUGUCAACCUGAAGCCUGAGAAGUCGUACUCAUUCGUGCUGACAAACCGGGGGAACAGUGCUGGGGGGCUGCAGCACCGGGUGACCGCGAAGACUGCGCCGGACGUGCUGCGCACCAAGCCUGCCUUCAUCGGGAAGACCAACUUGGAUGGCAUGAUUACUGUGCAGCUGCCCGAAGUACCUGCAAAUGAGAAUAUAAAAGGUUACUACAUAAUAAUUGUGCCUUUGAAGAAAUCUCGUGGGAAAUUUAUCAAGCCAUGGGAGAGUCCAGAUGAAAUGGAAUUAGAUGAGCUGCUUAAAGAGAUAUCCAGGAAACGCAGAAGCCUCCGUUACGGAAGAGAAGUUGAAUUAAAGCCAUAUAUAGCCGCUCACUUCGAUGUCCUUCCCACGGAGUUCACCCUGGGAGAUGACAAACAUUAUGGAGGAUUUACAAACAAGCAACUCCAAAGUGGUCAAGAAUAUGUCUUCUUUGUGUUAGCAGUGAUGGAACACGCAGAGUCUAAGAUGUAUGCAACCAGUCCCUACUCCGACCCUGUUGUGUCAAUGGAUCUGGAUCCACAGCCAAUCACCGAUGAAGAAGAAGGCUUAAUCUGGGUCGUAGGCCCUGUCCUUGCGGUGGUCUUUAUCAUCUGCAUCGUUAUAGCUAUUCUUCUUUAUAAAAGGAAAAGGGCAGAGUCUGACUCUAGAAAGAGCAGCAUACCGAAUAGUAAGGAGGUCCCUUCACACCAUCCAACAGACCCAGUAGAACUGAGGCGCCUUAAUUUUCAAACACCAGGUAUGGCUAGUCACCCUCCAAUACCUAUCUUGGAACUUGCAGAUCAUAUUGAAAGGUUGAAAGCAAAUGACAACCUGAAGUUUUCCCAGGAAUAUGAG